AUGCAAGUCUUUAGCGACCAAGCCUACAUCGACAGAUGCGUCGACGUUGAAGCUGCUCUAGCACGAGCUCAAGCCCAAUGCAAUGUCAUUCCCUCCGACGCCGCAGCCGACAUCACCUCCAAAGCCAAUGCCACCAGUCUCGACAUGGAUCGGCUGCGUAACGAGACGGAUGUCGUGGGCUAUCCCAUACUCCCUCUUGUACGUCAGUUGAAUGACAUGUGCGGCUCUGCUGGAAAGUAUCUGCACUGGGGUGCUACAACACAAGAUAUUAUGGAUACCGCAAGCGUCUUACAGAUCAAGUCUGGUCUCGAUAUCGUUGGGACCAAGUUGGCAGGCGUUAUAAAUGCCUUGCAAGACCUGGCUGUUACCUAUCGUGAUACGCCAAUGGCUGGAAGGACGCAUCUCCAGCAUGCUCUGCCUGUCACCUUUGGCUACAAAUGCGCUGUGUGGCUAUCAAGUCUGUAUCGCCACAGGGAACGCCUUCAGCAGCUCAAGAGUCGUGCUCUUGUCGUUCAGUAUGGAGGGGCAGCGGGGACUUUGGCAUCCCUCGGUGAUGGCCCAGCGGGCGUCAAUGUGAGGAAGCAACUCGCUGCGGAACUCGGCCUGCAAAACCCUACAAUUACCUGGCAUGUAGCCCGUGAUGGUAUUGCUGAAGUGGCCAACUUCCUCGCCCUCAUCGGCGGCUCCCUCGGUAAAAUUGCCCUGGACCUAAUCAUCAUGUCCUCCAACGAGCUCGGCGAAGUCGCUGAACCCUUCGUCCCCCACCGCGGCGCUUCCUCCACAAUGCCCCAAAAGCGCAAUCCCAUCUCCAGCGAGGUCAUCCUCGCCGCCUCCAAAAUCCUACGCUCCAACGCCAGUCUCGUUCUUGACGGCAUGGUGUCCGACUUUGAGCGUGCAUCAGGACCUUGGCAUCUAGAAUGGGUAGCCAUACCUGAAAGCUUCGUCAUAGCAGUUGGAGCCCUUCACCAAGCUGAGUUUGCGCUUGCUGGCCUUGUUGUGGACAAGGAGCGUAUGGCGGCUAAUCUCGCUUCUACAAGGGGACUUAUUGUUGGUGAGGCGUUGAUGAUGGCGUUGGCUAAGUAUGUUGGAAGACAGGAUGCUCACGAUAUUGUGUAUGAGGCUUGUAAGGUGACCAUUGAGAGUAAGGAUGGAAGUACGUUGCUUGAUACACUGAAGAAGGAUGAGAGGGUGACUCAGCAUCUGCCUAUGAGUGAUCUGGAGAGGCUCUGUGAUCCUAUUAAUUAUUUGGGGUCGGCGCAGCGCAUGGUUGAUGAUACGCUAGCCGAGAACGCUUCAUAA